AUGCGUGAAAUCGUUCACUUACAAGCUGGUCAAUGCGGUAACCAAAUCGGUGCCAAGUUCUGGGAAGUUAUCUCUGAUGAACACGGUGUAGAUCCCACUGGUACCUACCAUGGAGAUUCCGAUUUACAACUCGAAAGAAUCAACGUUUAUUAUAACGAAGCCACUGGCGGAAAAUACGUCCCAAGAGCAGUCCUUGUCGAUUUAGAACCCGGAACUAUGGAUUCAGUUCGUUCAGGACCUUUUGGACAAAUCUUCAGACCCGACAACUUCGUUUUUGGACAAAGUGGUGCUGGUAACAACUGGGCUAAGGGCCACUAUACCGAAGGUGCUGAAUUGGUUGAUUCAGUUCUUGAUGUUGUACGAAAAGAAGCCGAAAGCUGCGAUUGCUUACAAGGUUUUCAAUUGACACACUCUCUCGGUGGUGGUACCGGUUCUGGCAUGGGUACCCUUUUGAUUUCCAAAAUCCGUGAGGAAUACCCUGAUCGUAUCAUGAAUACCUUCAGCGUUGUACCUUCUCCAAAAGUAUCCGAUACAGUAGUUGAACCAUACAAUGCAACCCUUUCGGUUCAUCAACUUGUCGAAAACACCGACGAAACUUAUUGUAUUGAUAAUGAAGCCUUGUAUGAUAUUUGUUUCCGUACCUUAAAAUUGACUACCCCAACCUAUGGUGAUUUAAAUCAUUUGGUAUCUGCCACUAUGAGCGGUGUUACAACUUGUCUUCGCUUCCCUGGUCAACUAAAUGCUGAUUUGCGUAAAUUGGCUGUUAAUAUGGUACCUUUCCCACGUUUACAUUUCUUUAUGCCUGGCUUUGCACCUUUGACUAGCCGUGGAAGCCAACAAUACCGUGCAUUGACUGUUCCAGAACUUACACAACAAAUGUUUGAUGCCAAGAAUAUGAUGGCUGCAUGCGAUCCUCGUCAUGGACGUUACUUGACUGUCGCCGCUAUGUUCCGUGGUCGUAUGUCAAUGAAGGAAGUAGAUGAACAAAUGUUGAAUGUACAAAACAAGAACAGUUCAUACUUCGUUGAAUGGAUCCCCAACAAUGUGAAGACUGCUGUUUGCGAUAUUCCUCCACGUGGAUUGAAAAUGUCUUCUACUUUUGUUGGUAACAGCACUGCUAUCCAAGAAUUGUUCAAGCGUGUAAGCGAACAAUUUACCGCUAUGUUCCGUCGCAAGGCUUUCUUGCAUUGGUACACCGGAGAGGGUAUGGACGAGAUGGAAUUCACUGAAGCUGAAUCCAACAUGAAUGAUUUGGUCUCUGAAUACCAACAAUACCAGGACGCUACCGCCGAAGAAGAAGGUGAAUUCGACGAAGAAGAAGAAGGCGAAGGCGAGGAAGCCUAAACGCUAUAACCUCUCUGGUAGUUCUAGUACUCAUAAACCGUGCUAGUUGACGUACAUACUUACGAUCGUAGUGGCUGUAAUAAUAUAUACAUUGAUAUUCCAUUAUUAUGUUUGUACGUCGUAAUUCGUAUAUGUGUAAUUAUGUUAAUCGACUCGUUCAGCAACAGACGAUAACUUUUUGCAGUUAAUUUGUGAGCUGUAAUUCGAUUUUAUUGUAUGUUGUAUCUUUCCCUAUUCGCUGUAGAUAGGCGCUAGAUUCCUAAUAAAGUAAUAUUACAAUAUUUCUAUGACGGCUAUUUAAUGCAGAAUGAAUAAAAUUUACUCUGUUUCU